GCGAGGACGCGUGGUGUGUGGCCUGUGCGUGGUAAUUGACGGUGAGAGGUUCAACGCAUAGCAGCAAGAAGGAUGCAUGUCUGCUGGAGGCUGGGGUGAUGUUUAGUCCUCCGUCAUCGUAGUGACGUACACCCACCAUCUCCAAACUCCGAGUUUGCAAUGGCAAGUUGAGGACGCAAGUCACCAAUUCGUUCAGGAGUAACAACAUGGUGUGCAAUGAAGACAGUUUCCAGAAUGGUACUAAGUUCCCGAACAAUGCCACUCACGUUGAAGUCAAACACCUGUCUCAGCUACUUCUUGAAGAUGAAGAAAAGUUCGUUUUUAACAAGCAAUACCUGAAAGGUCUUCUGGCUUCUUCAGCCCAGGCUUUGAGCCUGUUCACAGAUUCAAAGCAUCAUGAAGAAAGAGAUCAUAAUCCCAUUCAAGAUGACCCAGUGUCAGCAGAGCUGUCUGCUGAGUUCGCCCAGCUGGAUGAGGACUGCGCAGUGCUGCAGCAGCCCGUCUGCUUGGUGGUGCUGGGCGGCUCGAACGGAAGCGCGCGCGGCGGUGGUGGCGGCACUGCUUGGCGAGCCCCUGCUGUCGCUGGCCGCCGCUGCCGAGCGCCGCUGGCCGUCGCUUGUCAUCCGCGGCGCCUGCGAUGACUUCGCCGUGCUGAGGGAGGAGCGCGGUGGCGUGCGGCGGCAGCACGACCUGGUGGUGCAGCACACAGAGCGCGGCCGCCAUACCGAGCCGCCGUGCCUGCGACACCUCGACCACCCCCUCUCGGACGAGUCUGAAGUGUGGGUGAACAUAGGCCUGAACCACCCGCUGCUGAGGGGUGACCACGUGCGGCUGGUGGUGGCGCCGUCCGACCAGCCAGCCACGGUGCACAGACACCUGGAGGAUGUGCUGCCAGUCUACCUGUACUGCACCUCUGGAGACUACCUCACUGCCCAGGAGCGGUCCGAGUUGGCCGACCUGCACCGCAUCACCGGCGGCCAGUCCGUGUUCUUCUGGUGCCCGGCGCGCGACGACGAGCCGGCGCUGCCACCGCCGCGGCCGUGCCUGACGCUGCACUGGCCGCACCGGGCGCGGCCCAGCCGGUACGAGUUCAGCGCGUGCCCGCCGGCGGUGUCCGGCCAGCCGGUGGACGAGCUGUGGCUGAGCUGCCAGCUGGCGACAGGGUCGGCCGGCCUGCUGGCGCUGGCGCCCUACCUGCGCACCUGGCUCCAGCUACGCCUGCUGCUCGCCGCGCACCGCAUCAACAAGGCGCUGAACCAGCUGCUGCGAGCCUUCAUCCUGUCGGCGUUCGACAUGGCACGCGAGAUCCAGAUCACACCGCGCCGGCUCCAGUACGCCCGCCAGAAGGAGACGGAGCUCUUCGACAAUGUCAUGAGCAUCGCCGACAAGAACCAGCUGCAGAUGUCCCAGCUGGUCAACCGCACCACGGCUAGCAUGCGCGAGGAACUGCUGGCCCAGGCGGCCCUGCAUCAGUUCAGAGAUGUGGAGGUGUCGGAGAGUGGCGAGGUCCGCUCGGCGCGGCAGCUGCAGCAGUGCACGGCCGAGAUCCAGAACCUGCUGCUGGGCGCGCUGAACCGGGCCGUGGCCGGCCAGCUGGUCGGCAGCGUGGACUACAUGCAGGAGCGGUUCGUGGGCACGCUGCAGCGCUGCCUGCUCUCGCUGGAGGCGCACGACGACGGCAGCGCCGGCGCCAGCAACGCCCUCAAACAGAUCCUGAACUCGGCCUACAGCCUGGAGCUGUCGGUGCAGACGUCAUCGAGCGUCAUCACGUCUCUGUGGGAGCGGCUGAAGCAGCUGCUGGAUGUGAUGCCCUGGAAGACGCCGCCCUGCGUGGACGCCCUCUGGCGGCGGCGUGUUGCCACCGAGAUGCUGGACAAUAUCAACGAGCUGCGCCUCAGUCGGAUCAUCUGCUCCCAGCUGCGCGAGCGGCUCCGCUGCGCUCACGAGGCGUUCGUGCACUCGAUCGGCCGCCUGGAGGCGCAGCUGGCCGGCCAGCUGGAGCAGACCGAGCGCGACCGGCUGCGCAUGAAGAAGCAGCACGCGCCGCACGUGGCGCGCCUGGCCCUGCAGGCGGCCGCGUACGUCGACUCCGCGCGCUUCGGUGUGCCGCAGCUGUCGGCCGAGAUCGGGCGCGGCCAGUACGGCGUGGUGUACAGCAGCAGUGCCUGGGCUGGCCGCCGAGACUGGGCCGUCAAGUCGGUCAUCCCUCCCGACGAACGGCACUGGAACGACCUCUCCAUGGAGUACUUCUACACACGGUCGCUGCCGGAGCAUGAGCGGGUGGUGAGCAUCCGCGGCAUCGUGAUUGACUACAACUACAGCCACAGCCGGCUGUCAGCCGCCCUGCUGCUGAUGGAGCGCAUGCACAGUGACCUGUACCUGGCCAUCCAGGACGGCCUCGACCUGCGCACCCGGCUCAAGGUUGCCAUGGACGUGGCUCAGGGCGCUCGGUUCCUGCACUCCCAAGGGCUCAUUCACAGGGACAUCAAGCUGAAAAAUGUGCUGUUGGACGACGCGAACCGCGGCAAGCUGUCGGACCUGGGCUUCUGCAAGCCAGAGGCCAUGAUCUCAGGCUCGGUGGUGGGCACGCCGAUCCACAUGGCGCCGGAGCUGUUCAGUGGCAAAUACGACAACAGCGUGGACGUGUACGCAUUUGGCGUGCUGCUCUGGUACAUCCUCUCUGACGACGUGCGGAUGCCGGCCGUCUACGAGCAGUGCGACAACAAGAAUGACUUGUGGAAGUGCGUCAAGCGAGGCGUGCGUCCGUGCCGGCCGCGCAGCUGCAGUGACCUGGGCUGGGAGCUGACCCAGGCCUGCUGGCGCGGCGACCCCCGCCAGCGGCCCCUGUUUGGCGUGGUCGAGCUCCAGCUGCACCAGAUGGCGGUGAUGACGGCCGUGGUGAGUGAGGCCGGCGCCGUGAUCCCCUGCUGGUCGUGA